GCCAAUUGUUUUCGGUAGUUAGUUCAAGGUAAGAUUUCAACGGUAAAGGACGUUUAUUGGAUUAAGGCAAAAAUGAAUAUAUUACUUGGCAAUUGUGUGGGCAGCUGUGAUCAAUUGGCCGGCCCGCCGCCCGAUUUCAUAUUAUCGAUGCCACCGCCGCCGCUGCCAUCGUUUCUGAUCUCGAAACCAAAGAGCAUUGAUAUAUUAUUGCCAGCGAAUGAGUCGCAGCCCUGCUUUGCGGCAUUCAUGUGCGGCCAGAAUCAACAUAAUGAGAGCGGCAAUGAGCUGAUGGAGCUGGUGCGCAGCGAUACGAAGAGUAUGGAAAAUGUUUGGUUUUUCGUCUCGUCCUGCAUUGGCAUCUUUGUGCUGGGCUGUUUUCUGGCAUUGAUCGUAAUUCGAUGCAAAGACACCUUUUUCUCGUACCACGAUGCGAAUAUCAAGCAAACGGCCAUCAAUGCCCUGGGUGAAGCAACCAAGUCCAACGCCUUCACAUCGGGCGGCAUACUCUAUCCGUGCGCCACGGCCAAUAGUCGAGAUCUGCUCCAGAGCCAGCUAGUAAACGACAGCCGUCUGCUGUGGGCCACCCUAACACCGCACGGCACCCGGCAUUUCAUAAUCGAGAACUCACAGGAUGGACACUACGAGUCCGUUGACUAUCGCGGCAAGGCACACAAUCAGGUGUUCCGCGGCUAUGCCAAGCAAUCCCAAUCCUUUGUCAAGUCCUUCGAUAAUAAUGGCUUUGUUGAUUACGACUAUGAGGAUCCCACACCCUUGAUGGACUCCUACCAUGAUGACAUGGACUCGGGCUAUCAGGAGCCGCAUGAAGUAACCGGUUCGCUGCGUCGUUCCCCAAUGCGUGCGCUCGCCUCGUCGCCGACCACACACGAUAUCUCGAACAUCGCAUCGGCCAGCUAUAGUGCCAGCCUGGCGCCCAGCAGCCAAGCGGCGCCCAAUUCGCUGUCCAUCAGCCGUAAGACAACGUUGUCGCGUCGCAUCAGCGAUGCCUCCUCCCAUAAUGGGACAUCCAUGUAAUUGGUGGCAUCGGCAAUAAUGUUAAUCAAAAUGCAAUCAAGUUUUUUUGUAAAUUAAGCAUGAAUCUAUUGAGCGAAGAGCGAACGGAGAAAGCUGAUUCGAUGGAACGCCUGUCGUCCAAUAAAACAAAACUAAACUCAAACUCAAACUCAAACUCAAACUAAACUCAAACUCAAACUCAACUA